AUGAGUCACAGCUCCUCGCGCGUGCGUCUGCGACUGCUACUGGUGCUGCUGCUCGCUCUCGCCAUAGUCUCCGUCCAGGCCAUGGACCCCAGUAAGGACUAUUAUAAAGUUCUUGGCGUGAACGAGCAAUUCUCGGACCGCGAACUUAAGAAGGCAUACCGACAGCUAGCUCUACAGUACCACCCAGAUAAGGCGGAGAAUGCUGAGGAUAAAGAAGCAGCCAAGGAGAAGUUCGUCGAAGUGUCGGAGGCUUACGAAGUAUUGUCCGAUUCGGAAAAGCGCAAAGAAUACGAUGACGCUCAACGCUUCGGGGGAGGCGCAGGUGGCGGAUUCCCUGGCGGAUUUGGUGGCCAGGGUGGCCAAAGACGCUCCACGGACGAGAACAUGGCUUCAUUCACGAAGAUGUUCGAGAGCGUCUUUGGUCAUGGAUUUGGAGGCGCGGGAGGCUUUUCCGGUGGUGCUGGUGGCUUUGGAGGCGGAUUUGGAGGCGGGUUCCCCGGGGGAGCGGGCUUUGGCGGACGUGGGAUGCCCAACGAGUUUCAGUUCGAUGGAAUGGAUGGCUUUGGACAUGCUAAGCGACCAGGAGCACGUGGCCAGCAACAAGCGAGACAACCCACGACGUUGUAUGGACCCGAGUCGCCUGUUAAAACGCUAUCGAAGAAAAAGUUUCCAGGCAAAGCCGCGAACAACGAGUGGCUUGUACAGUUCUACGAGAUGGACGCACCUAUGGCCGAAUUUCGCGGCAAGUAUGAAAAUGUGGCACGGGAUCUGAACGGCAAAGUGCGUGUAGGUGCCGUGAACUGCGAUAAGUACGCAAAACUGUGUCGUGCCAAUGGCAUCGCCAAGUUCCCGACGUUUGCGUACAUUUGGGAAGGUCAACUCACCAAAUUUGACGGUGAAGUUGACGAAUAUCAAGUGUAUAAUUUCGCUAUUGAGAAGCAUAUCGCGCGUCUUCAACGUAUGCGCAACUCGGGCGAGAUUGAAAAGCUGCAUGCUGGCAACGAGGCAAAGUUGUGUAAUGUGGGCAAACAUGCUACGUCGGGCGCGUCAUCUCUGUGCGCCGUAUUUGUCUUGUCGGGUGAUAAGAAGAAGCGCGAGCAGGAGAUGAAAGUGGCAAAGGAGGUUGCGAAGAAGUUCCGUCACUCAAAAAGUCUUAGCGUUGCGUAUGUGGACUGGAAGACCCAGCAGCUUCCGGUGCGGAAGUUGGUCGAGACGGCUGUCGGCCACAGUCACAGACAGCAGCAACCAGGAUUGCUGGUCAUUCGUACGAAACGCGGUAAGACGCGGGUGGGCACCCAUUCGCUGGAUGCUGACUUCAAUACCGAUGCACUAUCCGCUACUAUGGAGCGUGCUGUUGGCGGUGAUCUGUCGAUGUCGAACGUGCAUGGAUCGGUGCAUUUCCGCUGA